CGCGCGCUCCCCCUCUCUGUCCAUUCACCACCCACGUCUAUCCUUCCACUUAUCCGCUCCUUUUGUCGCCUGCCUUCCGCCACAGAAGCAGGAGAGAGAGAGAGAGAGAGAGAGAAUGGCCAUGCCGAUUUCAUCUUCCUCCGUCGCAAGGAUCGCGACGAAGCCCUUCGACGGCCUCGUUCGAUCGGCUUCAAGAAGUUGCUCGAUCGGAAAGAUUCACAGCGACCGGAGGACGAGGAUUCCUUCCAUCAGAGCCGACCUGAUCACAGAGCCGGACGCGUUCGAGGUCGGGAGGUUCGUCGGGAGCUACGGCUUCAUGAACAUCACCAGCUAUUCAUCAUUUCAAUCAGGAGGGUUUUCUAAUGCUAAUGUGUUUGAUGAAUUCUCUCCUGGAUAUUCUUCGGAAGACAUGGAACGUCUGAGAGUCCAAGACGUUGGCGAGGGCCGAGUGAAGAUCAGGCUUUACGAAGGAAGAGUAAUCCAAGGUCCAUUGAAGGGAACCCGAGUCAUUUUCAAGGUAUAUCCUGGACGACGAGCUGGUGGUGUCGAAGCAGAUAUGAUGGCUGCCAAUGAGCUAGGUACCCAUGUUUUCCUUCAAAGUGAUUCAGAAAAACUAUGUCCAAAUCUUCAGUUUUUGUUAGGUGGUUUUGAGACGAAAAUGGGGGAGCAGUGGCUUGCUUGUAGGAAUGAUGGGAAAUAUAGUGCUGCUGACUAUGGCAAAUCUGUGAGUGAAGCAAAUUCAAAGGAUACUGCUAAAGGAGAAAAUUUCUGGAACCCUUUUACUAAGGAACAAAAAAUGAAGCGAAGAAGAAUUUUUGUUAUUAAACUGCUUAAUGGGGCUAUGAAUGGUCUGGCCUACAUGCAUGAUCAUGACAGAUUACACCAGAGUCUUGGCCCCUCUUCAGUUGUUCUAAACACAAUGGUGGAGAAAGAUGCCUCUUAUCUGGUGCCGAAACUCCGUGACUUAUCCUUUUCAGUUGAUAUUGGGUAUUCAUCUUUAGGAGCAGCUCAGAGUACACUAUCAGAAGGACUAUGGCGACGGGCAUCAGCAGCUGGGGCUUUUACUCCUUUGGAGAAACGAGCUUAUGGAAUAGCUGAUGACAUUUAUGAAGCUGGACUUUUUUUUGCGUACUUAGCGUUUAUUCCAUUUUGUGAGGCGGGCAUUAUGGAUAGCAUUUCCUUGCAAAGGCUUUUUGAAAAUACAUUUCAGCUUGACCUUCAAGCUGUAAGAGAAUAUUGUUUAGCGGAUGACCGUUUAUUGGAAGCUGUCAAGUUUCUAGAUCUAGGUGAUGGCGCUGGCUGGGAGUUGCUUCAGGCGAUGCUUAAUCCCGAUUACCGUCAACGUCCAAUUGCUGAAGCAGUAUUGAAUCACCGUUUUAUGAGUUUGGUUAAUUUAUUAUAGUCCUUGUACAGUAUAUCGUUGGCUACUAUCGAAAUGGCCAAUGUUUUUUGGUUUUGUUUUCGAGUCAGAAUGGUCUCUCCCGAUGUUAAGAAAUUUAGCUCCAAACCGGGAAAAGAGGAAAAAUUAGCUGACAUUUUUUA